UUUGACAAAAACAAGGCAGAAUUCCAGUCGCCAUCGUGAUCACUGAACAACAUGGCGGCGGGACCGAUCGCCGAAAGGAACCAAGAUGCCACCAUAUAUGUUGGUGGCCUCGAUGACAAGGUCUCUGACGCUAUCCUUUGGGAAUUAUUUGUUCAAGCAGGACCCGUAGUGAACGUUCACAUGCCAAAGGACCGAGUCUCCGGUUCACAUCAGGGCUAUGGCUUUGUCGAAUUUCUCGGUGAGGAAGAUGCCGAUUAUGCCAUCAAGAUCAUGAACAUGAUUAAACUGUAUGGGAAGCCUAUUCGUGUCAACAAGGCUUCAGCACACCAGAAGAACUUGGACGUGGGUGCCAACAUUUUCAUUGGCAACUUGGACCCGGAAGUCGACGAAAAGUUGCUGUAUGACACAUUCAGCGCCUUUGGAGUUAUCCUGCAGACACCCAAAAUCAUGCGGGAUCCAGAAACUGGUAAUUCGAAAGGUUACGCCUUCAUCAACUUUGCAAGUUUUGAAGCUUCCGAUGCCGCUAUCGAGGCCAUGAAUGGGCAGUACUUGUGUAACAGAGCUAUCACUAUCUCGUACGCAUUCAAGAAGGAUUCCAAAGGGGAACGUCAUGGUUCUGCAGCCGAACGUCUCCUGGCUGCUCAGAACCCCCUGGCCCACUCUGAUCGGCCCCAUCAACUCUUUGCUGAUGCCCCACCGACGCAGGUGGGAGCAGCGAGCGUUGGCAUGACUACUGCACCGCCUGCACCUCCUCCCAUGGGGCCAUUGGCUAUGUCUCAGGGUGGUGGCAUAAGCGUUCCACCCCCUCCUAUGCCAUCCAUGCCUCCACCCAUGCCUGGAGGUCUUCCUCCUUUGCCUCCCACUGGACUACCACCAGGUGCAUUCCGACCGAUGCCUCCACCAUUCCCGCCUGGAGGACCUCCACCCCCUCCAGCAUCAAUGGGAAUGCCGCCACCGCCCAUGCACCCACCCCAGGGCUUCGGCAUGAUGCCCCCACCACCCGGACCCCCGCCCGGUCACGACCGGAUGCCACCUCCACCGCCGAUGGGACCCCCUGGCAUGCCCCCGUUUCCCCCUCCGGGAAUGCGUCCACCACCACCUCCUCCCGCGGGCUUCGUGGGAGGACGACCACCAGCGCCGCCACCGCCCCCACCACCGGGCUUCGGACUGCCACCGGGCAUGAGGCCACCGUGGCCGCCAGGACCCCCCGGCGCACCGCCUCCACCCCCACCACCGAGGGCUGCACCCGGAGGGCCCCCACCACCUCCUCCGCCGCCCCCUCCGUCUGGUGCUCCCCCUCCCCCACCGCCUUCUGGAGCGCCGCCGCCGCCUUCGGGGGCUCCUCCUCCUCCCAGUGCACCUCCCCCACCUCCUCCCCCGCCAACCAGUGCAUAACACAGUUUGUUCAGUUUUUCUUAUUUCGUUUCAACAAUACCAGUCACAUUUUCAAAGCAUCUGUUUUUUUUUGUGUGUUUUUUUUUCGGAUACAGUCUUGGUCUGUUCCAGUUUACGUGUCAUUAUGCACUGUUGUGGGAACUUAUAUUUCGAUUGCACAAAUUAUCUGAAGACAGCAAUGGUCCAUGCCCUCCUAUCAUCAUCACGUUAGACAGUGUGAAUCCAAACCUUCACUAACCUCACAGAUACCUUUGUUAUCGAGCGCCCAUUUCAAAGUCCACCUCCCAAAAAGUGUUAACCUAUUUUGUGCAUUACAAUUGGCAUCUCAACAUUUCUCGCACAAUAAUGAGACCAUAGCCUUUGUACAGGUGUAACUGUAAUACGUUUAAUAUGACAUAAUAAAGGGUACACUGUGUAAAUAUA